AUGCAGGAAUCUGAUGGGAGUGACAUCAAUACAAAAAUUUUCAAUUCAGUUGCUGAGGUAUUUCAAAAAGCACAGGGUUCUUAUGCGGGACACAGGAAGCACAUUGCUGUUUUGAAAAAAAUUCAGUCGAAAGCUGUUGAGCAAGGGUAUGAAGAUGCUUUCAAUUUUUGGUUUGAUAAGCUGGUUACUAAGAUUUUACCCCUGAAAAAAAAUGAGACCAUUGGAGACAGGAUAGUAAAAUUGGUGGCCGCGUUUAUAGCUUCUUUGGAUCGAGAAUUGAUAUUAGCCAAAGGACAAGACUACGAGCUCUCAAACGAUGAAGAAGGUGUAUUCUCAAGAUUUGUUGAUCAAUUUAUUAGACAUGUCCUGCGUGGCGCAGAAAGCCCUGACAAGAAUGUCAGAUUUCGAGUUUUACAGUUAUUAGCUGUUAUUAUGGAUAAUAUCGGGGAAAUUGAUGAGUCGCUUUUCAAUUUGUUGAUACUGUCUUUAAAUAAGAGGAUUUACGAUAGGGAACCGACUGUUAGAAUACAGGCUGUAUUUUGUCUAACCAAAUUCCAGGAUGAAGAGCAAACAAAAAACUUGACCGAGCUUCCAGACGAUGAAGAGAACUAUGAAGCUACGAGAACCCUAGUUGCUUCGAUUCAAAACGAUCCAUCUGCUGAAGUGCGUAGAGCCGCUAUGCUAAAUCUGAUCAAUGACAAUAACACUAGACCUUAUAUUUUGGAAAGAGCUCGAGAUGUCAACAUCGUUAAUAGAAGGCUUGUAUAUUCAAGAAUUUUAAAGUCCAUGGGGAAAAAUAGCUUUGCUGAUAUUGAGCCACAUAUUUUUGAUCAAUUGAUUGAAUGGGGGUUGGAAGAUAGAGAACCGUCAGUGAAAAAUGCAUGUAAAAGGCUGAUUGCUCAUGACUGGUUGAACAUUCUGGAUGGUGAUUUAAUAGAACUACUAGAAAAGCUGGAUGUCGCCAGGUCUUCCAUCUGUGCCAAAGCUAUAGAGGCUCUCUUUCAAUCAAGGCCAGAUAUCCUCUCUAAAAUUAAAUUUCCUGAAAAUAUUUGGAGGGACUUUACCGUGGAAAUCGCUUUUCUUUUUCGAGCCUUCUAUUCAUAUUGCUUGGAUAAUAAUAUUACAGAAAUGCUAGAAGAAAACUUUCCAGAAGCUUCGAAGCUCUCUGAACAUUUAAAUCAUUACAUUCUUCUCAGAUAUCGCCAUGAGGGUGUUCCCAAUAAUCUUCAUGUAGGGUUUGAUAGUAACACAUUAGAGUUUAUUAUUGAGCAGCUAUUGAUUACCGCAGAAAGGUACGACUUUAGCGAUGAGGUUGGAAGAAGAUCAAUGCUUACAGUGGUAAGAAAUAUGUUGGCCUUGACUGCACUGUCUGAACCUCUUAUUAAAAUCGGUAUCCGUGUAAUGAAGAGUCUGUCCAUAAAUGAAAAAGAUUUUGUGACAAUGGCAAUAGAAAUUAUUAAUGAUAUCAGAGAUGAUGAUAUUGAAAAACAGGAACUAGAAGAGAAAAUAAAAAGCAAAAAAGGGAACUCCCAUAAAAAUGGAGUUUCUAGUGACGGAGAAGAUAAUGAUAAAACAAACAAUGAUGCUACUAAUGAUGAUGAGGAAGAUGAUAAUAUUGCAUCUUUCCAUUCUGCCGUGGAGAACUUAGUUCAAGGGAACGGCAACGUUUCGGAAAGCGAUAUAAUAAAUAAUCUUCCACCCGAAAAAGAGGCCUCCUCAGAAACGAUUGUUCUUUGCCUUACAAGAUCGUCCUACAUGUUAGAACUUGUUAACACACCUCUAACAGAGAAUAUUUUGAUUGCCUCGUUGAUGGACACUCUUAUUACACCAGCGGUUAGAAAUACUGCCCCAAAUAUUAGAGAACUUGGUGUCAAGAACCUUGGUUUAUGCUGUCUUUUGGAUGUCAAGUUGGCUAUCGACAAUAUGUAUAUUCUAGGUAUGUGUGUUUCCAAAGGUAAUGCAUCACUGAAAUACAUCGCACUUCAAGUUAUUGUGGAUAUUUUCUCUGUGCAUGGCAACGCUGUGGUAGAUGGGGAAGGCAAAGUUGACUCAAUUUCAUUGCACAAAAUAUUUUACAAGGUCUUAAAAAACAACGGCUUACCAGAAUGUCAAGUAAUAGCAGCGGAAGGGCUAUGUAAGCUGUUUUUAGCGGACGUAUUCACCGAUGACGAUCUUUUCGAAACGUUAGUUUUAUCGUAUUUUUCACCAAUAAACUGUUCAAACGAGGCAUUGGUGCAAGCCUUUGCAUUCUGCAUCCCAGUAUACUGUUUUUCACAUUCAACUCACCAACAACGUAUGUCCAGAACGGCCGCAGAUAUCCUUUUGAGGCUAUGUGUCCUUUGGGACGAUUUGCAAAACUCUGCGCCCGGGAUGAAUCGUGAGGCCAUGCUAAAGCCUAAUGUAAUAUUCCAACAAUUGAUAUUUUGGACGGAUCCACGUAAUUUGGUCAAUCAAACGGCUUCUACAAAAAAGGACAUAGUGCAGCUUACAUUCUUAAUCGAUGUGCUAAAGAUAUUUACUCAGAUUGAGAAGAAAGAAAUAAAGAAAAUGAUCUUGACAAAUGUAAAUGCGAUAUUCCUUUCUCCAGAGCAGGACUAUUCUACUCUGAAAAAAAUUCUUGAGUAUUCUGACGAUAUUACAGAGAAUGAUACCUUAGACAGUGUUAGCAAAAAUGCUCUGGACAGAUUAAGAAACAAUUUGAACGUAGUGCUUGAAGAAAUUAACGAAAGGUCAGAACUUCAAACAAAAGAUGAGAACAACACCACGAAUGAUCAAUAUUCAUCAAUUUUGGGGGACUCUUCCAAUAAACUUUCAAAUGGCGAUAUAGAUCACAGCAUUGGUACGAUCAACGAGGACAGCACAGAUGCCGCCAAUGCGCCUAAUAAUAGCACAACAGUUAAUAAUCUACAAGGGCAGAGUAACCUUAGGAAGAGGACGAGGUCAGAAACGGAGCAAGAUGAUACAUUAGGUAACUCAGAAGAUACGCUUAAACAGAAUACUUCAGCCGUAACAAAGGAUAUAGGUUUUGUUUUGCCUGAAGAGAAAGAGGAUGCAAUGUCUGUGGACGAAGAGGAUAAUGAUUCAAACUCCUUUACGGAUAUCUGA